AUGGCCGCACUAGUGUCUCUCCUCCUCGUUGCUCUAUCCGUCAAUGCCUCUCCAGCGCCGAGAGCCGUGCCUCGAGCGGACACUCAACCUUGCUGGACGACUUACCGAUCCCUCCCUGGUGAUACGUGUGAAACAAUUGCAAUGGCUUUUCGAAUUCCCCCUAUCGAUGUUCAGUCAGCAAAUUCGUUCUUGAACUGUACUGAUAUCUGGCCGAACACUCCGAUUUGCAUCUACGCACAAUCGCAGGUUACUGUUACUGGAAUUCCACCUGUUGCACCUACUACAGUCCCUGGUAGUGGGACAUGCUGGAAUAAUUAUCGUUCUCAGCCAGGUGAUACGUGCAACUCUAUUGCCUCACGUUUCGGAAUCACGCCCGAGGCUGUUUACAAUGCCAAUACACUCUUGAACUGCAACGACAUUUGGGAUGGAACCCCCAUUGUUAUUUGCGAUGGCAACCGGACCAGGACUACAGUUGUGAAUACGACUAGCGGAUCGCACGCCACUGCAACGUCGACCUUCCCAUGGGGCCAUGUCACUACUUCAACCCGCGCUGCUAAUGGCACCUUCAGUACUAGCGCACCCCACUCCACAGUAACGGCGACAGUUAACACCACUAGUCUCACCAGCCCCGGUCCCAGCGCGACCCCGACGGUGUGUUGGACGACCUACAACACCUUGCCCGGGGAGACUUGCGAUACGAUUGCCAUGGCCUUCCGAAUCCCACCACUGGAUGUUCUCAGGGCGAACCCCUUCCUUGAUUGCAACAAUAUUCCGGUCAACACGAGAGUCUGCAUCUAUGGUCAAUCGCAAGUAACAGUCACUAUGCCACCGGUCGCACCGACCUCUGCACCUGGCAGUGGCACCUGCUGGGCCAACUAUCGUUCGCAGCCGGGAGAUACCUGCAAUUCUAUUGCUACGCGCUUUGGUAUCACCCCUCAGGAUGUUUACAAUGCCAAUACAUUCUUGAACUGUGACGAUAUCUGGGACGGAACUCCUAUUGCGAUUUGCGAUGGUAAUCGUACCAGGACGACCGUGGUCAAUACUACGAGCCGACCUGCAGGUUCUACAGUCACUUACACUGGCUGA